AUGAGCAGGACACUCUUCCGCUCCGCCCUGGAGCUCGGAGCCGCCGGCGCCGUCUCUCGCCCCAUCACCAUCGCGGCUACCUCCCGUUCCUUUUUUACCAGUACCGCCUCCGUCCUCGCGCCUCCCCCGUCGACCUCCCCGUCUCCCCGGUCACACGUCAACAACGCCGCCAACCCUACGCGCGACCAGCCCCGGCCCCUGGCCUACAAGAAGAGCCACCCGGCCGUGCCUCCCCGUCCCGUGUCCGACUCGGUCCGCAACCUGCUCCCCUUCCUGGCCGCCCAGCCGAACCACUACGUGACGGUACACAUCCACGGCUUUCCCUAUCUCGUCCAGGAGGGCGAUCAGAUCCGUCUGCCCUUCCGCAUGCCCGGCGUCCUGGCCGGCGACGUGCUCCGGCUGAACCGCGCCACCGUCCUGGGCAGCCGCGACUACACGCUCAGGGGGAGCCCGCAUGUCGACGAGUCGCUGUUCGAGUGCCGCGCCACCGUCGUCGGCCUCGAGUCCGAACCCCUGCGCAUCAAGUCCAAGACCAAGAGGAGGCAGCGUCGCGUCCGUACCGUCCAGAGCAAGCACCGCUACACCAUUCUUCGCAUCUCGGAGCUCACCGUCAACAAUGUCGAGGAUAUCGACUCAGCAGCAUGA